AUGGUGAGCCUCGGUCGUCCAAAUGGCUGCGAGGCCUGCAAGCGACGAAGCAAGAAGUGGGAUGAAGCUCGACCAGUAUGUUCGCGAUGCGUAAAUGCGCGGCGUACUUGCAGCAGCUACGAAAACGAGCAAGCGCUCACAAUCCAUGAGUUCAAUGGCGGAAAGAAACUGGCUCUUCCGAUUCGAUCUGCCGCACGAAGAAGCUCUCUUCCAAUCGGGCAAAGAUUACCUAGGACGGUCGCGCUCGCAAAAGACGUUCCUCCAAAAGCGGUUCCAGACCGAGAUGUCGAUGACUCCACGCUCCAAUCAUUUCUACAUGAGUUCUGUAUUGUGCCAACUGGAUCUGAGGUAACCCAUGGCUUUUUAAGUGGUAUGGAGCCAAGGCUACGCAGAGUGAAUGACCGGUCCAACUUAGCGAAAGCAUGCAAGAUGGUGGCAUUGGCCAACCACGGCGUCAAGCUCAACCGCCCCGAUUCAAUCGUCGAAGCCGAGAAGUUGAAUCAUGGUCUGGUCUCUUCUUUAGCUGUUGGUCUUCAAAACAAUUCCGGUGCAUCUAAAAAAGAUGACGCCUUGGUCGUGACGCUUCUUGGAAUCUAUGAAAUGAUUAUCGCGAAUGAUGCCCGAAACGGAUUCCACAACGCACAUGCAAUUGGUCUCGCCGCCCUGCUUAAACUCAAAAACAAUUCAAAGUCCGUUUUAGAAGCUCUACAUAAUGGCAGAUCGCUCGGUAUUCUCAGAGAAGGAAUACAGAAUGACAAAAUGGGCCUACUCGCUAUGCCCAAUGUGACCGCUUCGACCGAAUCAUUGGAUUCGCUAUUGCUUGCACUUAGUUGGCUUCUCCGAGAAGCACUGAACCUCGAUGGAAAGUUCAAGCAAUGGAGCGAGGCUCAAAGCCAAAGAAACAGACCCACAGUUAUUGGCCAAGUGAGCAAAACCACUGCCCUUGAGUCCAUUGUUGGCUAUUGGCCUGGAAGGGUGGACGUGUACUUCGACCGCUAUAUCGCAGGCAUCUGGAACAUCUACCGGGCUGCUCGACUAUAUCUUUCUGAACUGAUCCUGACACUUUCAAAUGGGAAUCGAAACCCAAGAACAGACCCCCGACACGGGCAAGACAUGGACGACCUUGUUCAGGAUGUGCUAUCGUCCAUUCCGUAUCACCUGACGGAAAACCUGUACGGAUUCCUCAAUCAGAUUGACAGCGGAGCCCCGCUGGCAAAUGUUGGGCAAGCGGCCUCUGGGCUCUUUCUUAUGCACCCUCUGCAUGUGAUAUCGAAUCUGUCGCUUGUAGACCUCGAUGUGAGGUGUUAUUUAAAGAGAUGUCUUCUUUGGAUUGGGAAGAAUAUGGGGAUUGGACAGGCUUCUCUCUUUUCCAAAUCCUCAACAUUCGAAACCGAAGACUUUGCCAGCGGCUGCAUAUUUACACUCAUCGGAGUGGGAGUGUGA